UUUCAGAGCUACCUGAUUGAAUUUGAGGGAAAAUGCAAGUCGGAGUCUGGUAACACUGUUCUGAUUAUCAACAACCUUUCCCGUACUUGCUCUUGACAUCAGGUUUUGUUCGUUCCUCGCUCCUCCUCAGUGCAGCAGUGCAGCUGCAUUCUUUCUCGCUCCACACCCCGCACCUUUCCUCAGCCCGAGAGCACCUGUUUAUUCUAAAGGAGCAAAAGAGACGAACAGAAGUGCACUUGCCACGCUUGAAUUGGUGAAGCGGCAGCCUGCUCUCCACGCGGAAAUGCCAGUGGAAGGAAAGGCGCAGGCAGGCAGAGAAUCAUAGACUGGAGGAGCCAGCCAGUUCCAGUUGCAGAUCCCAUCCCGUCGAGGCGCCAUGACAUCGCCCUAAAGUGGCCCCCAUAGCAAGAGAUACACACAGUACUUAGAGCAGUACUUUAGCUCCGGAGUCCGGAUAGCUGAAUAGAUAAGGAAGGAGUAGCGGAGGGGGAGAACAUUUGUGCUAACUUCUGAAUGGAAUGACGAUGUGAUGGGCUCGUGCUCGUGUACGCGGCGACACUUUUUGCUGUCAAUAUGCUUCCUGCAAGUGAUAACCAUCAUCGAGCGCCAGGUAUUCGAUUUCCUCGGAUACAUGUGGGCGCCCAUUCUGGUGAACUUUUUCCACAUACUCUUCAUCAUAUUCGGCUUCUACGGCGCGUACCACUUUCGCGUUAAAUACAUCAUCACCUAUCUAAUAUGGAAUUUCCUGUGGAUCGGCUGGAACGCCUUCCUCAUUUGCUUCUACUUGAACGUGGGAGUUUUGGACAGGGACAGCGAUCUGCUUAACCUUGGCACGGGCAGCGUCUCCUGGUUUGAGGCGAACGGGUAUGGCUGCAAGCCCACCUACAACAUGACCGCGGACGAUCCGUUCCGGCCCCCACGCCCGGAGCGCGUAGACGGUUGCUUGCUCGACUAUCCGCUGGUGGAGAUCAUACACUCCGGAGUGCAGGUUGCUUUGGCGCUGUUCGGUAUACUUGGUGCGAUUCUAAUCAGUUGCAUAUUUCUCGACGAGGACGACAGAUUCGAUUUCAUGAACGGCGACGCGAAGAGUCCACAGCACACCGUGGUCCACCCAAUGUACGUGAGCUAUACAAGUAUACCCACAACAUCCGCAAGCGCCACCAUGCAAUCAAACAAGCAUCUGCAACUGCAGCAUCAGCAGCAGCAGCAGCAGCAAAACUCACUGAAAUUCUAUCAUCAUCAGCAACAACAGCAACACCACUUCCACACUACCAGUAGCAACAGCAAGAACAACUACCAGUUGAGCGGCGGCAGCAAUAGCAACAAUAAUACACUCGACAAUAAUCGCCAACCGCCGCUGCCAGACACAACAAAUAACCACAACGCGUCAUUCCCCCCACACCACCACCACACUCGUUUAACCCAAAAUGCGGGAGGAAGUAACAGCAGUCUGCACCGCAAUCGGCCACUCCAACUCCACUCCAAGCCCAAACACCACGUCCCAACGCCCAUGUCCCCGCAGACGACGCCGUCCCUGUCGUACGCCUCGCUUCAGAAUUCCAACUCUCAUCUCGCGGCCAGCUCGCUGAACAACAGCAACUACAGUCUUUUCCAGAGCCCGGACUCAUUCCAGGGCUCCAACUCUCACUUCGCUCGCAUUCACCACAAGCCCAAGCCCCCCAAGUCCGGGGUUUCCACACUGCCGAUGGGAUCUGAGGUGAACAUCAGCUCCCCUGUCCGUCCUCCGUUCGACCGCCUGUCUCGCAACCUCGAAGAGGACGAGGAUAGCUUUUCGCUGCAGCAGUUCGCCCCGGGCGACCAUGGGGUAACCUAUGUGCCAUUCCAGAGUCCCACGCCCAAUGGCCUAUUCGGAGGCGACAACAACAACCAGAGCACUCGGCAAACAUUCCACUCGCCAAACAACAAUGGCUAUCCCUAUGACCAGAACGGACUACCCUCCCCGCUUCGGGUCGCUCGUCGACCCACGCAUAUCCCACUGCCCACAGUCCCGCUGCACUCAUGCCUGGAAGUCGAUGACAACGAAGAUGCCGACUCUGAUAGAAAUCCAUCGCCCCAGCCGGUCUCCCGUCCGCACAUCCUCCACCAGCGCUUGGGCCAGGCCCCAUAUCCCGAUCUCUCGCCCGAGGUGGCGGAGCGGUAUGCUAUGCCCUCCCAGGCUGUGGUCGCCCUUCCUAUGCCCCACGGCUCCCCCAUGGUGCGUCGCAGCAAUCGCCGCCCCCGGCCACCCAUUCCCGUCAAUUUCUGCGACCAGAUUCGUGCUCCUCCGCCGGGUUACGUUGUCCGCGCCCAAAGCGACGACCGCCUAGUUGAGCAGGCACAGCAAGCGUCGGCGUCAACGGGGGUGGACGCUGCCCCUCAUGUUAAUCGCCGAAGCGGCCAAAAGUCCCGUCCGCGCUCCUUCUGCAACUCGAUAGUGGGCGUGCAGGCCUAGAGCUCUACCAUCCGGAACAUAACCACAUCCUACCCAAUCCCAAGACUUAAGUACGUCCUGCAGUCCUCUCUCUCUACCUUUACACUUGUGCUCCAAGCGGGGCAAGACGCGGAUGCCAUUCGCUGUUACUAACUCUAGCAGGAUAACCUGAUUCGCUCAUAUUCGAACAUUUUUGUGUUGUUGUUUCUUUGUUGUGCUAACCUGGCUCCAAAACUGGGGCACUGGGGCCCACCAGGCCCGCAGCUUCGAAGCGUGCGUCUAACGAUUAGGAUGAAGCCUUGCAAACGCUGUCUUUUUUAAUUAACGCGUAUAUAUUAAUUAUUAGGAACGAAUCCACACACACCACACUUUUGAGACUUUCCCCAAAUUGUGAUAGAAGAGAGUGCGUGGAAAGCCUGUACAAUUUUAUGUUGAUCUGUGAUAACUAAAACGAACAUAAACGAAAUAAUCUGAAAUUGAAAUGCGAAAAUGUCACAAUAAGCAUGUAAGAAAUUUGUUGAAAUGCCAGCGAGAGAAAUUUAUAAUUUAGCGCCAAUUGCAACGAGAUGCCUUGAUGAAAGUCGGAAUAUUGAAUAUAGAUACGUAUAUAUAUAGAUAUAUAUAUAUUGAUGUGUUAUCGGGGGAGCGCGCAGCCUCCCCGAACGGCUGCCUUUUGUUUUUAAACGAAAUAUAUACGAUAUAUUAUAUAUGCGAGAUGCAAGUUAGUUGUCAAACACAAACCAAGUUGUCUAUUGAGUUAAGUGCGAGAUUCAUUAUUAUACAAGCGAAGAUUCAAACGUUAAAGUACGAACCUAUUAGAUAUAUAGUUAAGUCUAGUGUUAAGCUUGAAGCCACACAAACCGCGUUAGCAGAUCCAAAUCCUAGACUCUAUUUAAUGUUAGUUAGAACACAUACCAAUUCUGAUCUUUAGCGGACUGGUGCCAACUCCCUAAGAGAUUUAAAGCGUUUCCAAUAAAUGUUCAUUUACACCAAA